AUGUGCAUGAAUUCAAGAAAAUUCGUGCAGUCACUUUGGAAGAGUUGUGACAGUGUUGAAAAGAUUGGAACCUUGGCUAUUGUGUUUCGAUUAUUUCUUGAAGUAAGGAAAUGUUUUAAACCCUGGCUCGAUUUUUUCGAGUCAAGAUCUGCCAAUAGUUCUCGAUUUCCCGAUUUCAGCGUAUUUGUGGUAAUGGAGUCUUCCAAAGAGACAGGCUGUCAAACUCCUGAAGGCCCAAUUCUUUGCAUCAACAACUGUGGCUUCUUUGGUAGUGCAGCCACCAUGAAUAUGUGUUCCAAGUGCCACAAGGACAUGGCCUUGAAGCAGCAACAGGCUAAACUUGCUGCUUCAUCGAUCGAGAACAUAGUCAAUGGCAGCUCAAUUAGCAACGAGAAAGAGUCUACUGUUGGUGGUGCUGUAGAUGUGCAAGCUGGAGCAUUGGAGUUAAAGGUUGUUCCUGCACAAACAUUUGGCGAUAUGUUGUCAGGCCAGAGUUCAGAGGUGAAGGGAAGAGAGGGCCCAAACAGAUGCACUGCUUGCCUUAAGCGUGUGGGUUUAACAGGUUUCAGUUGCAGGUGUGGAAAUCUCUUCUGUUCGGUUCAUCGUUACUCUGACAAACACAACUGCCCAUUUGAUUACCGGACCGCUGCUCAAGAUGCUAUAGCCAAAGCAAAUCCCAUUGUCAAAGCAGAAAAGCUUGAUAAAAUCUAG